AGUAGGAAGAGAAGGAAUAAAUAUUUUUUGUAGUGUCAUGGAUAUAUGCAAAGGUUUAUGUAUCAGUACUUACUACAGUUGUCUUGAUAAUUUACAUACAGCCGCAAGUGCAAUUUACGAUCAGCUAAUAUCAAAAGCUGUAAAAGAAGAGCAAGAAUUAUUAUCAGAAUUUGAGCCUAAUGAAAAUCCAAAACACUUGACGGUUUCUGGAGAUGGCACCUGGAAGAAGCGAGGGUUUACUUCACUUUUUGGCGUUACAACCCUUAUUGGUAAAUACAGUAAAAAAGUUAUCGAUACUGUCGUAAAAUCUAGUUUUUGUCAAGGCUGUUGCCAAGGCGAUUUACUACAUCGAUGUUUGGGAUCCGAAACUCAAAAUAACAAUGAAUCGCUCAAUUCAUUAAUAUGGACUUUUGCUCCCAAGCAUAUUCACGCUGGAUCUCAAACAAUUCAAAUUGCGAAUUAUUUAGCUGUUGCCAUUUUUAAUGAAGGUUAUUUACCCAUCUUAAAAAUGAUGGAACUUAUGGGCAUCACCGUUGGUACUGAAGCUCAUUCAUUUGCUAUCAGACGUAACGAAGUUCGGAUUGAGCGCUCUGAGCUACGAGCUACUGCUGCUUCCAAAGAAGGCAGAACAGCUCGAUUAGCUGAAAGAACUUCACAAAACAUCGAAUAUGAAGUUGAGGAAGGCCCAAUGUAUGGAUCUGGAAUCGCCGAUUAAUCCAAAAUCACUACAAGGGCUGGAAUCAUGUCAACCAGGGUGCACCGUUUUUUUUGUAGCCCCCACUUCACCGACCUGUAAUUUGUCCAAUUUAUCAUUUUUUUUUUUUUUUCAAUUUUUUUUUAUAUUCUUGAAACGUUAAUAAACAUCAUAUAAAAAAACCGAUGAUAAAAAUGUUCUUAAUUUUUUUUUUAUGUUAGUUUGAAAAAUGCCUAAAAUUUAGGCUUCUAAACCAGAAUACCCCCUUAAUUAAUUUCUGAACACCGAGAAUAAUUCCAAUCGGUAACUCACGAUCGGGCAAGCGCCGCUCGUAUACCCAAGGUCAAAGCUUUGUACGCAGUUACGUACACCGGCGUCCAUUUUGAGCG